CCCUCUCUUAUUUGUGUCUCUUUCUCAUUCUCCUUCUUUUCUUGACUCCCAAUACAUUAUUUCUUCUUCUUUUUCUUCAUUAACUUAUUUCAUUUAUAGUUUCGAUAUGAAAGAGGGUGGUAGGAAGCAGGGUUCAGCCUCACCUUGUGCUGCAUGCAAGCUUCUUCGCCGAAGGUGCGCCGCGGAUUGCGUCUUUGCGCCGUAUUUCCCGGCCGACGAGCCUCACAAGUUUGCAAAUGUGCAUAAGGUCUUUGGUGCCAGCAAUGUCAACAAGAUGCUUCAGGAGCUACCAGAGCAUCAGAGAGGAGAUGCAGUGAGCAGCAUGGUGUAUGAGGCAAAUGCAAGAGUGAGGGACCCUGUUUAUGGCUGUGUGGGAGCCAUCUCUUCUCUUCAACAACAAAUUGAUGCGUUGCAAAUCCAAUUGGCUGUGGCUCAGGCUGAGGCUGUGCAUCUCAGGGUGCGCCAGACCCAGACUGCAUCCUGCUCUUACUGGACCCAACCCCAUAGCCCAACCAAUAGUGCCUCCCCAUCCUCCAAGCCCAUUUUUGACAUCGACAUGGGCCUUGACCAUACCUCUUAUGCAGAUUCUAUGUGGUCAUGAUAUUAUAUAUAUAAGUACAACAAAGUCAAAUAAGUUUUCAACUUCUCUAAAAUUUGUGAUUUUAGUUCUUGAUUUUUGUAAGAAAUAUUUGAUUUUAGUUGUAGUUUGCUUUGGUUAAAUGCUGAUAUGAUAAAGUUAAAUGUUUUAACUUAUCUUACAAUGUCAGCAAUUGACGAAGAUAAACUAUGACAACACUAAAAUCAGAUAAAGAAUCUUACAAAAAUUAAAACUCAAAGUAACAAAUCUUUAUAAGAUUGAAAACUUAAUAAUUAUAUCGGUUUCUUUAGACUAGGAAAAUAUAUUAGUUCCUAGAAAAAAAAUACAAAAAGAGAAGAAAACAAGGCAUUAUUUUCUUUUUUAAAGUAGUGCCUUGUUAACUUUAGUUGGGUAGAAGAAUCGAACUCUAGAAGCAUUGGUGAUGAUUGAAGGAGCUGCGGUGGAGAUCUUUCGCCCGCUUGAUUACUUUUGGUUUGCAAAAAUAGGGUUUUCAUUGGCAUUUUGGUGUAAAUAUGUGGCUUAUUAGUAAUUACUAUCACAUGAAGGGAAGCUGCGCUUAUGGUUGGAUUGUGGACUUAUUUCUUUGAUUAUGGCAAAAGGUGUUGUAAUGGAGCUCUCUAUGUUGUUCUUAAGUAUUGUUAUGA